GCCAUUGAUGAAAGACAGUCUUUUUUUUUUUUUUAGUGCGGGGGUGCUAAAUCCGUUGAGUGUAAAAUUAUUUAUUCCGCGUUAGCUAUAUCAUUGGUAGGUUACUGCUUGAAUUGAGCUAUUCGUAAAUAGCUAUUCUUCAUUCAGUACGUAGUGAUCAUAUUGCCCGUUACAUUAAACUUGUUUCAAUGUAUGCCCAAGGGAGGGCUGGUGGAUUGUCCAUUCAUACUACAUUUCCCAGAAGCCACAGUCCCCUCGCAGUAUCCAGGAAGUAUUGUGCCCGUCGUCAACCAAACUAAGGAGUGUUCUGGGCUUGGACUUACAGAUGUAAUACAUGGAAAUGUGCAUAUUUUUGGUUUUGUGAGGUGUUGAGAAGAUGUGGCGUUCUUUGGACUCCACCAUGUUUGUGCGACCCGGCACACCGUGUGUGUCGGUAACUGAGCUCAGUGGGUCCGGCCAGAUAAAUCCCACUCCGAGCGCUUAUGAGGACUCUGAUCACCUGGUGGAGCUCUACCUCUCCCCGGAGAAACUGAGAGCGCUGACGGGUGUUGAGGACCUGGGACAGGUGACUACGCUGGACAUGUGUGUGGACACGCGGGAGAACACCCUGGGAAACUUUGGUUCCUACCUGCCCAGUCUGGCCCAUCUGAAGGUGAACAACAGCUUGAUUACGUCCGUGCGGGACCUGGGAACGACACUGUCCCACCUGCAGGCGCUGUGGAUGUCCCGCUGUGGACUGGCAGACCUGGACGGCAUCCCGUCUUUCACCUCCCUUAAGGAGCUGUACGUGGCCUACAACGACGUGUGGGACCUGAGCCAGGUGAGCCUGCUGGAGCAGCUGCAGGUUCUGGACCUGGAGGGGAACAGCGUGGACGACCUGAUCCAGGUGCAGUACCUGGGCCUGUGCAGCCAGCUCAGCGACCUCACGCUGGAGGGGAACCCCAUCUGCGCCCGGCCGAACCCUGGAGCUGCCCAGGCAGAGGGGUACAGCUACAGAUCGGCGGUCAGGGAGCUCAUCCCUCAGCUGCGUUACCUGGACAACGUGCCGGCGGGCGACACGGCGCCCCGCCGCGCCAGCACCACCACGGAGGACUGGGCCCUGCUGAAGGAGUCCAUUAAGGACAGCGCCCCCGCAGGCAGGGAGGGAGAGGAGGAGCCAGCCAGUGCCCCCGCCCCCUCCAGGCCUGGCUCCGCCCAGCGGGGUGUGACCGCUGUCCCCGCCCACCUGUCCCUCAGCCGCCCCUGCGGCGCCCGACCAGGCUCCGCCCCCUGCGUCCGGCCAGGCUCCGCCCCCUGUGUCCGGCCUGGCUCCGCCUCUGCCGACUCAGACCCCGCCCUGCUGGACCAGGACGCCAGCGGUCUGACCCACGGUGUGGGGAGGGUGAUCUGCGGGAAUCCAGUGCAGGUCCUGAGGGCCCACAGACAGAAGAUGGGGAUCCCUGCUCCUGCCUCUGAACCCCCCUCCUCAGCCCCGCCUAGACACACCCCAGAACACACCUUUGAUCCAGAGGAGACGGACGGAAAAGACCGGAAAGAUGUGUUCUCUGAGCUCAGGGCCUGGAGGAGAGAGCACAGCAGACGUCUGCAGGCUAUUGAACAGGAGCGGCAGCCACAGGUGAUGAAGAUCUCCCACAGCGAUGAAGACGAGGGGGGAGAGGAAGAGGGCAUGGGCCUCAGCUUAACCAGCGAUGAGGAGGAGGAAGGAGGAAGAGCGGUCUGCGGUCGCCUCAUAAACACGACCUCCCCCGACUCCUCCUUCAACUCCCCACCCCCUGACCCCCCCCUCAGCCCGUCCCCCCCGCCGGGCCUGGUGGCGCCCCCCGGUGGCCAGGGCAGGCCGGCGGGGGUGCGGGCGCGGAGGCUGAGGGUCAGGGCCGAGCGGGAGGCCCCUCUGCCCUGGGGGGGGCCCGAGAGCGCGGCCCCCGCCCCGGAGGAGCGGAGGAGGGAGGAGGGGGUCCCCAAAAUCCGCCCGGCUCUGGAGACCCCCAGGGGGGCGUCCCUCAGUCCCAGCACCGAGGAGGGCAAGAGCGGGAAGCAGCCAAUCAGCAGGCAGCCGGUGAUCGUCCGCUCCUCAGCCUCGAGGCCGCCGCUGCUGACACGCCCACUCACAGCCAGGGCCGUCCUCCAGAGACUGCCCAAUCACAGAGCGCUCUCACCCGGCCCCGGCCCCGCCCAGUACGGGGGGAGCCCCUCCCGCUAG